AUGAGCAGAAGACACUUGAAGUCUCUGCUCUUGAACUCAAUCUCCCCCUUCUCUUCUUCCUCCCCAAAUCCAACAACAACUUCCCAAUCCUUCCUUUCUUCUCUCAAAUCCAAAACCCAAAACCUCAAUGUCCUCUCCAGAUUCCUCUCCGCCUCCUCUCCGCCUCCCACUCUCGACUUCUCCUCCCCGGAGACCCCCGAAGACUUUGCCUUUCUCCGCGACUCCCUCUCGGAUUCCGCGCCGAAACUUCCGCCAGAUAAGUGCUCUAACGACGCCGUUUUGAUUUCCAAUGCCAUUAGGAAUAGUACUGAUGCAUUUGGGGAUGAAACCCAGAAGUUCCUUAGGAGGUUUAGGGAUGAUUUGAAUGAGAGUUUGGUGGUGGAGGUUUUGAGUCUUGUGAAGAGUGCUGAGUUGGGUGUCAAGUUUUUCUUAUGGGCUGGUAGACAAAUUGGGUAUAGUCACACUGGGUCUGUAUAUAAUGCCUUGAUUGAGUUACUGGAGCGUGGUAGUAGUAAUGAGAGAGUGCCGGAACAUUUUCUGCAAGAAAUUAGGGGUGAUGAUAGAGAGGUGCUUGGGAAGUUGCUUAAUGUGUUGAUUCGCAAGUGUUGCCGCAAUGGGCUGUGGAAUGUGGUUUUGGAAGAGCUAGGGAGGCUUAAGGAUUACGGGUACAGGCCGAGUCAGGCCACUUACAAUGCUUUGGUUCAGGUGUUUUUGAGAGCUGAUAGGCUGGACACGGCGCACUUGAUUCAUGGGGAGAUGGUGGAGUUGGGGUUUAAGAUGGAUGAGUUUACGUUGGGUUGUUUCGGUCAUGCGCUUUGUAAAGCUGGGAGGUGGAGGGAGGGGCUUGCGUUGAUUGACAAGGAAGAGUUUGUGCCCAAUACUGUUCUUUAUACCAAGAUGAUAUCAGGGUUGUGUGAAGCUUCACUCUUUGAGCAAGCUAUGGAUUUCUUGGGCAGAAUGCGCUGUAAUUCUUGCAUUCCUAAUGUCCUAACGUAUAGGAUUUUGCUGUGUGGAUGUUUGAGGAAGAAACAGCUUGGCAGGUGCAAGAGAAUUCUUAGUAUGAUGAUCAUGGAAGGUUGUUAUCCUAGCCCUAGUAUAUUUAAUUCUCUUGUUCAUGCUUAUUGCAGAUCAGAAGAUUACUCUUAUGCUUAUAAGUUGCUUAAAAAAAUGGUAAAAUGUCAUUGCCAGCCAGGCUAUGUGGUUUACAAUAUCUUGAUUGGUGGUAUCUGUGGAAACGAAGAAUUACCUACCUUAGAUAUGUUAGACAUGGCUGAAAAAGCUUAUGGUGAGAUGCUUAACGCAGGGGUUGUUCUAAAUAAGGUAAAUGUAAGCAAUUUUGCCCGAUGUCUUUGUGGCCAUGGAAAAUUUGACAAAGCUUACAAGGUCAUCAAUGAAAUGAUGAGCAAGGGUUUUGUUCCCGACACUAGUACAUACUCUAAAGUUAUUGGCUUAUUGUGCAAUGCCUCCAAGGUAGAACAAGCAUUUUUGUUGUUUGAAGAAAUGAAACAAAACGGUGUUGUUCCUGAUGUCUACACAUAUACUAUCCUAGUCGAUAGUUUUUCUAAGGCUGGCCUUAUUGAACAGGCUCAGAGCUGGUUUAAUGAAAUGGUAGGGAAUGGUUGUGCACCAAACGUGGUAACUUAUACGGCUCUCAUACAUGCUUACCUUAAAGCAAGGAAGGUGCGUGAUGCAAAUCAACUCUUUGAGAUGAUGUUGACUCAAGGUUGCAUUCCUAAUGCUGUUACUUAUAGUGCCUUGAUUGAUGGCCACUGUAAAGCUGGAGAGACUGAAAAGGCUUGCCUGAUUUAUGCAAGAAUGAGAGGUGAUGUAAAUGUCCCUGAUGUUGAUAUGUAUUUCAAAAUUGCUGAUCAGAGUUUGAAAGAGCCUAAUGUUCAUACUUAUGGAGCUUUGGUGGAUGGUUUAUGUAAAGCCAACAAGGUCAAAGAGGCCGGUGAGUUAUUGGAUGCUAUGUUCGUAGAAGGUUGUGAACCUAACCACAUUGUUUAUGACGCUCUUAUAGAUGGAUUUUGCAAGUCUGGGAAGCUCGAUGAAGCACAAAAGGUGUUUGCCAAAAUGUCAGAGCACGGGUAUAGUCCAAAUGUGUACACGUACAGCUCCUUGAUUGACAGGUUGUUCAAGGAUAAAAGACUGGAUCUUGUUUUAAAAGUCUUGUCUAAAAUGUUAGAAGAAUCUUGUUCACCAAAUGUUGUUAUCUAUACAGAGAUGGUCGAUGGCCUUUGUAAGGUUGGAAAGACUGAUGAAGCUUAUAAGCUUAUGUUAAUGAUGGAAGAAAAAGGAUGUAAUCCUAACGUUGUGACUUACACUGCAAUGAUAGAUGGCCUUGGGAAAGCAGGCAGAAUAGACAAAUGUCUUGAGCUCUUUAAAACAAUGAGCUCCAAUGGUUGUGCUCCCAAUUUUAUCACCUACAAGGUUCUGAUUAACCAUUGCUGUGCACAUGGUCUUUUGGAUGAAGCUCAUAAACUUUUGGAUGAAAUGAAACAAACAUAUUGGCCAAAGCAUCUGGCAGGCUACCGUAAAGUUAUUGAAGGUUACAACCGAGAGUUCAUAGCCUCACUUGGGCUUUUAAGUGAGAUAAGUGAGUGUGAUUCGUUGCCAAUCGCUCACAUAUACAGAGUUUUGGUUGAUAAUUUUGUUAAGGCUGGAAGACUGAACGUGGCUCUGGAGCUGCAUGAAGAGAUUUCUUCUUCUACCCCUUUUACAUCUGCUAACAAGGAUAUGUAUACUUUACUGAUUGAGAACCUGUCACAUGCAAAUAAGGCUGAUAAGGCACUGCAGAUGUUUGCAGAAAUGAUAAGGCUGGGUGGUUAUCCAGAGCUUAGUACAUUUUUCCACCUUAUCAAAGGGCUUAUUAAAAUUAAUAGGUGGGAUGAAGCUCUUCAACUAUCGGAUAGCAUAUGUCAGAUGGAUAUCCAAUGGCUUCUGCAAGAAGAGACGUAUGACAGGAAGUAG